UAUGUUUAUUAAGCAACUGGCAACCUGGUUACAGGCUUGUACAGCAUCCUCAACCUCUGAUCAGAGAUCCUCUGAUCCAUUUGAAUCUCUUUGAAUUUGUGCACGUGAGCCGCAGCCCUGCAUCCCAAAAAGGAAGACGAUUAUUUCACCAUGAACGCUGAUGUGGAUGAGAUGCUGUGUGUUGCAGGUGAUCUGGAAAAUCAGGUGGAGUUGGAGGAGAAGACGAGGCUCAUAAACCAGGUGCUGGAGCUACAGAACACUCUCGAGGAUCUGUCGGCACGAGUGGACGCCGUGAAAGAGGAAAACCUCAAGCUCAAAUCCGAGAACCAAGUCCUGGGUCAGUACAUCGAGAACCUCAUGUCUGCCUCCAGCGUCUUUCAGACCACCGACUCCAAAAGCAAACGGAAAUAAGGGAGGAUUCCUGAUCUCUCCACAGGCAUCUAGCGUCCGUUAACUGUAACGCCAUGACGUCCCGGUUUAACUUUAUUAACUCUUUAAAUUUAUCCACUGUUACGUGUUACGUUUACGACGCUGCUCUUAAUGUCACACGACUAGAAAUAUCCCAGUAAUACAUUCUGUGACAGUAGGAUUAUUAUUGAAGAUGUUGGAUAUAUUUUAUUUUCAUUUCUGUUUUAUAUUGUCUUCAGUUUUUCGCCUUAUGUUAGGGCAGGGUAUUAAAACAUUCAGUGCUAAAUAGUUCCAUUUAUUUAUCAAUGGCAUUAAUUUAUGUUUUAUUUUGUUAGUGUCUCAUGUUCUUUUUUUUUUAUAUAGCUAUUUAAGUGUUUUUUCUCCUCUGUAACACAGCAGUGAUGAAUGUGCCUGUGAAACUGCUGUGUGCCACCACGUGUUUUAGGUAACCUGAUAAUUUAGGUGAGUUAUUCAGGUGAAUCUGUUCAGGGAAAAUUCAACCUUUCUGAUCUCCUGGUGCUUUUCACUAAGGAGUUUUAACAGGCCUCCAUUCCAGCUGUGUACACACACACACACAUAUGUGUUUAACAUUUGUGUAAUGGCAUUUAACCAUCGUUUGGACUGAUUAGUGCCUGUUUUAAUAAAUAUGUUUUCAUUUGA